UUGCCCUCAGUAGACAUGGCGCUGGCCAGUGUGUUACAGAGGCCGUUGCCGGUGAACGAGCGCGGCUUUUUCGGACUCGGGGGCUGCGCAGACCUGCUGCACCCGAGUCCGGGAAGCUACCGCGACGGACUGAAGCUGGCGGCGCCCCGAUGGGGCGUCCCGGAGGAGCCGAGGAUCGAGAUGCUUCACGGGACCACCACGCUGGCCUUCAAGUUUCGCCGCGGAGUCAUCGUGGCGGUGGACUCGCGGGCCACGGCCGGAGCCUACAUCGCCUCGCAGACUGUGAAGAAGGUGAUCGAGAUCAACCCCUACCUGCUGGGCACCAUGGCUGGGGGUGCGGCGGAUUGCAGCUUCUGGGAGAGGCUGCUGGCUCGCCAGUGCCGCAUCUACGAGCUUCGAAACAAGGAACGCAUCUCGGUGGCCGCCGCCUCCAAGCUGCUGGCCAACAUGGUGUACCAGUACAAAGGCAUGGGGCUGUCCAUGGGCACCAUGAUCUGUGGCUGGGAUAAAAGAGGCCCCGGCCUUUACUACGUGGACAGUGAAGGGAACCGCAUCUCGGGGACCACCUUCUCUGUAGGUUCCGGCUCUGUGUAUGCCUACGGGGUCAUGGAUAGGGGCUACUCCUAUGACCUGGAAGUGGAACAAGCCUACGAUCUAGCUCGGCGAGCCAUCUACCAAGCCACCUACAGAGAUGCCUACUCAGGAGGUGUGGUCAAUCUGUACCAUGUCCGGGAGGAUGGCUGGAUCCGAGUAUCCAGUGACAACGUUGCUGAUCUGCACGACAAGUACAGUGGAACUGCCCCCUGAGCGGCGGUGGGGCUGGCUGUUUGCAAAUCUUGGGGUGACUGUCCUUGGUAAUAAAGCGUGGCACCCCAUCCCGUAGGUAGUGAUCUUUCUUUCAGCUCCUAUGCAUUGGCCUCUGUAUGUUACUAGUUGUUAAUGAGCUGCUGCCGAGCACGCUCUGGGUUUACUUUGUUUGCUGUUACAUUACACUACUCAGCCUCA